AUGUCAGUGGUGAUCAAGUUAUUAGAACACGGUGCUCAAGUUGAUCUUGCUGAUGCCGAUCAAAGGACCGCACUAAGAGCAGCCGCCUGGGGAGGUCACGAAGAAGUGGUCAUUAAGUUAUUGGAACACGGGGCUUGCGUCAAUAAAACGGACAACGAAGGUAGAACAGCACUGAUAGCGGCGGCAUACAUGGGGCAUACGGAGAUCGUGGAACAUCUGUUAGUUCACGGAGCCGAAGUGAAUCACGCAGAUUCCGACGGUCGCACCGCCUUGUCCGUUGCAUCCCUGUGCGUUCCCGCUUCCGAAGGUCACGCGGGUGUUGUUAGCUUACUGUUAGAACGAGGGGCUGAAGUGGAUCAUCGAGAUAAGGACGGGAUGACUCCUCUGUUGGUAGCUGCCUUCGAAGGGCACAGCGACGUCUGUGAGCUAUUAUUAGAAGGCGACGCGGAUGUAGAUCACACGGAUAACAGUAGAAGAACCCCUCUCUUCGCUGCCGCCUCUAUGGGUCAUCCGGAAGUGGUAAAUCUUCUCCUGUUCUGGGGUGCUGCAGUGGAUACCAUAGAUGCCGAAGGAAGAACGGUGCUUUCGAUAGCAGCGGCUCAUGGUGAUACGGAAGUGGUUCGCCAAUUGUUAGAUAGGGGUCUAGACGAGAUGCACAGAGAUAACGAAGGUUGGACUCCUUUGCAUUACGCAGCCUUCGAAGGCCACGCCGACGUUUGCGAGUUGCUGAUCGAAGCUGGAGCUAGAGUGGCAGAAGUGGAUAAUGACGGAAGAAUCGCUCUGAUACUAGCCGCACAGGAAGGACACACGUCUCUAGUUGCUAAACUGUUAGACGUCAAUAGAACGAUGAUCGAUCAUCGAUCCCACGAUGGAAAGACGGCUCUGAGGGUGGCAGCUUUAGAAGGACAUAAGGACACGGUAAGUAAUUAUAACGGUGUAUUAUUCUCUUAA